UGCCCAGACCAGUGCUGCCCUGCUGGAUUUGCUUGUGGAGAAUGGUGUCUACAAAGCAAAGCAAGUGCCGGCCAUAGUCAGGUGCAUCCAUCAGUGGCUCACGUCCAAUGUGUCUGCUGAGCACAGGCUGGACAAGACUCUUGUCCUGCUGACCGAGGCACACCCCACGGAUGUUGCAGUGACCCUGCUGCGCUCUGCCCCAGCCUGUGACAGAGCUGCUCGCACCAUGUGGAAGACGCUCAUCUCCUCCAGAUGGACUAAGGAGCCAGUGCUGCAGAUCCUCUUCCGUGUGCUGGAAUACUGGCCAGCGCACAGGAGACGCACCUCUGAUGGGGAUGAGAGGGAUGUCUUUGCCCUGGCUGCAACUGUGGCACUCUGGGAGAUCAUCCAGCUGUCCCACUCCUGGUGCCCAGGGGGAGUGAAGGACAAUUUCCCGCGCCUCCUUCUGACUCUGCUCUUCCAAGUUUUCAUCAGCACAGAGGAGAUGUCAGAGGAGGUCGAGACCUUCUGGAGGCGAUGCCGGGAGCAGCGCAGCCUUCCCCCCAACCCCAACAGGUUUGCAGUGCAGACUGUUAAAGCCCUGCUGCGCCAGCUGCUGGAUGAGGACGUGUUGAUGGCGAUCGGUCGCAAGUGUGGCUGGGACAUGCUCCUCAAGGCUGACAGCCACCACUAUGCAGUGGGUCUGCUGGCCAGGGAGCUGUGCCGUGUCUCCCGCCCCUUCGGUCACCGCAUCGCCGUCAGCCUGCUCCCGCGGCUCAGCAGGGGAGAUCCCCUGUGGGAACUGCCUGCCCUGGCGUUCCUGGUGGAGGUCCUGCACUGCCUGAACCCCAGACAAUUUGGGCCCAGUGUCCUGCAGAUUAUUUCCAGGCACCUGCGCAGUCAGUGCCCGGAGAGGCGUCGCCUGGCGCUCCGAGGCCUGGUGGUGCUCAGCAGGGAUCCCGCAAUGGCUAUGAGCAUGCGGAGCCUGAGUGAAAGCCUCCUGGAGCUACUGCAGGAUGCAGACACGGACGCAGUUCAGAUGACCCUCUCCGCGUUCAUCAACAUUCUGCGCUUCCAAAUGGUCAAAAUAUCCACCCCUACUGCCCUGAAGUUGCUUGAGGCGCUGCGGCCACUCUUUGACAACGAGCACAGCCAGCUGCAGCAGCUCUCCAUGCUCCUCUUCCGGGAGGUGAUGGAGGCGACAGAGAGGAGCAGGAGCCUAAAGCCACACGUGUACCUGAGUCUGGUGCCAUUCUACUUCAACUGGCACAAUGAGAACAAGCGUGUGGCAGAGCCAGGUUCCUGA